AUGAACUCCACCCACCACCGUGGGACGCACACUUCUCUCCACUUCUGGAAUCGCAGCAGCUAUGGACUGCACAGCAAUGCCAGCGAGUCCCUGGGGAAGGACUACUCUGAUGGAGGGUGCUAUGAGCAACUUUUUGUGUCACCGGAGGUGUUCGUGACUCUGGGUGUCAUAAGCUUGCUGGAGAAUAUUCUAGUGAUUGUAGCCAUAGCCAAGAACAAGAACCUGCACUCACCCAUGUACUUCUUCAUCUGCAGCCUGGCAGUGGCAGAUAUGCUGGUGAGCAUUUCCAAUGGGUCGGAAACCAUUGUCAUCACCCUAUUAAACAGCACGGAUACGGACGCACAGAGUUUCACGGUGAACAUUGAUAAUGUCAUUGACUCGGUGAUCUGUAGCUCCUUGCUUGCCUCCAUUUGCAGCCUGCUCUCCAUUGCAGUGGACAGGUAUUUUACUAUCUUUUAUGCCCUCCAGUACCAUAACAUUAUGACAGUGAAACGGGUCGGGAUCAUCAUCAGUUGUAUCUGGGCAGCUUGCACGGUUUCAGGCAUUCUCUUCAUCAUUUAUUCCGACAGCAGCGCUGUCAUCAUCUGCCUCAUCACCAUGUUCUUCACCAUGCUGGCUCUCAUGGCCUCCCUCUAUGUGCACAUGUUCCUGAUGGCCAGACUUCACAUUAAGAGGAUCGCGGUCCUCCCGGGCACGGGCGCCAUCCGCCAAGGGGCCAACAUGAAGGGGGCAAUCACCUUGACCAUCCUGAUUGGGGUCUUUGUUGUCUGCUGGGCCCCUUUCUUCCUCCACUUAAUAUUCUACAUCUCCUGUCCCCAGAACCCAUACUGUGUGUGCUUCAUGUCUCACUUUAACUUGUAUCUCAUACUGAUCAUGUGCAAUUCAAUCAUCGAUCCUCUCAUUUAUGCACUCCGGAGUCAAGAACUGAGGAAGACCUUCAAAGAGAUCAUCUGCUUCUACCCUCUGGGAGGGCUCUGUGAUUUCUCUAGCAGGUAUUAG